GGGGCCUGCCAUAUAUAAGGGAGAAGGCGCUUCCCCAGUACUGCCACUCUGUCAGAAACACGCAGUCUUAAACGCAGACAUAAGGAACGUGGAUGUCAGAGCACAUGAGCUAGCUUAUUACAGAGAGGAUGGGACUCUGGGCUUGCAGGAUCAGCCUGGCUUUGUCCAUUGUGGUUCUCCAUUACCACUUCAGUGAUGCCUUGGGUGAUGAAUGCAGUCCAGGCAUCCGAGUGUCACGCAACAUGGUGUUGAGGGCAAUCACAAGGGAAAGUCUGAGAAUUGACUGCAAUAUCAGGGCCUGCAGGCAAAAUAUCAGUGUCAUAUGGUGCAAACUUGACUUGUCAAAUAUGUGCAUAACCAUAAAUGAGCCAGAUCGUAUCCAGUGGAAUGCCUCUUACAGCAAUGCAAAGGAAUGGGUGUCAUACCUCCAUGUUACCAGCACACUGGUAAAUGAUUCUGGCAAUUACAGAUGUAAAACCGCAGGCGAUUUUGACUCUAUAAGCCAUUCUAUUAAUGUAAUUGUCACAGAUGCUCCUGUAGAGGUUUCAACAACAAGACCACAAAACAAAAAUUCAGCAAUGAUACUCAGAAACAAAGACUGGCUCCUCUAUGUUUACAUCUCUGCCGGCAUACUGAUCUUCACCUUCGUGGUCAUGGGAAUUUCAUGUUUCAUUGUGCAAAGAUGUCAGGGAUCAAAGCAGUCAACAGCAGUCCUAAUAUCCCAGUAUCAGCAUGAGACGUCAGGGGAAUCCUGUAAAGUUGCGCCCCAGCCUGAAGUCCCUCCCCGAAUGAACAGUGUGCGCACACAUAUCACCCCCACCUCAGAGGGCCCUGUUUAUGACAUCCCGACUAACAGGAGAAUGUCCCAGAAAAAGAACACUAAGGCCUCAGUCCGACUCCCACCUGCCAGGACCUGCACGCCCGACGAGGCCUCAGUUGGACUAUGUAACAAUGAGAGUGUCGGAAAAGCAACAGACUUGACGCAUGUUGUUUAUGCCACUCUCAAUCACCAGCCUGCCCAACAGGACCCUGACCCUGUGCGGACCUCCCUCUCUCUUUUUGAGACAUGUGAAUAUGCCCCCAUUCGUGUCCACUAAACCCUGGAUAGGUCUGGAUGUGUGGGAGUGUUCUUCUUGCUCCUGAUUGGUCAGCAUUACUGGGCUGCUUCCAAGGAAUCCAAAGUCUGCUAUAACUGAAGGUGUUCAUCUGAUGAAAAAAUGUUAAUGUUAAUAUUAAAGUAUUUACCGUAGGAAAAAAAACUGAGGAAAAAUGACGGUAAAUCAAUAUAUUUUCAAUAUACUUCUUGUCAAUUUUCACUUCUCUGAAAUACUGUACUGUGCUCCAAGAAAAAUAGGUAGUAAAAUAGGCAGCUAAAAUGAGUUAAUCUAAUCCAGAUUUCAGCUCCAGUUAUGGGGGCAAAAGGGCUGUAAUUACUACUGGAGGCAGGUCUGAAGUGGGCCCAUGGCUCAAGUCAUGAAAGAUGAGAUAAACCUCUGAAAAUGAUGUUCCCCUUAUUACUAUCAACGUGAGAUGAUUUUCAUUCAAGGAACGUGCAGCAAUACAUGCUGAACUGAGCUGGCGAAUUCGGAAGUAAGAUUUGGGCUUGGGGAAUGGUGAAAAUACACAGGAAGUGGAAGAAAAAAUAGGGGCUUUGUUUGGGUAUUGUGCCGGGGUUUAUCAAAACAAGUUCAGGUGUCAAGGUCUGAGUGCGAAUGCUGGAGCAGAGAGAGAGAAAACAGAAACAGAACUCAGUUAGUAAGGCAGAGGUGAGGUAAAGAAAGGCAAAGGUAAAGUAAAUAACUAAGCGUGUUACCAGACUAUGUUCUGCCAUGGUACGUCCUUUUUCAUUUUUAUAGAAUGUAAAUAGUGAUUUGGAUGUGUGGCAGUGGAGGCUUCUUCUGCUUUUCCAGACCUUACCAAUUCAUUUUCAGUUGAUGUUCCUUAUGGCAAAUGUCAGAUAUACACUGCCUUAAUUAAUCUGGAUCUGGUACCUUAAAAGUCAUUCAGAUCAUUACCUGGCAGCUCAAAGUAUUCUUCAGGUGCUUUUGUAUGUGUGUCAGAAACACACAUCCUCACAGCCGACGCAGCUGUCUUAAUAUGCAUUGACUACUGAGCAGUGUUUCAGGUGAGAUGUGAAGAGGUGGAGUUGCAAGAGAGUUGGGUGGGGUCCUAUUUUGUCAACUGAAGGUGCCUACAAGCCCUGCAUUGUUUAUCAUAAAUCCAGCUUCAAGGGCAGCGCAGAGUGGUACGUGGGUUGACACGUUUUUUUUUCUGAAUUUGCAGAAUUGUGGUCAAUUGCACAGUGUUCAGCUGAGGUGCAGAAAAAAGAGAAACUGCUGUAAAACAAUUAAAAUCGCAGCAUACCAUGCUUGCUGGAUGGCAUUACAAGCCACUGCCUGAUUGUUUAUGAAUGUUUUACUAAUAUUAUUGCACAUUGUAUAUUUAAAUGGUAUGCUUAAUUUAAGAAAUACGUAAUAAUCCAAUUAAUUAUACAGGCUAAAGAGGUUUACUCAAUGCCUACUGUAGGUUAUUUGGAAGUUUUGAAUAGCAGGUUGUAGAGGCAUAAUUUCUGAUCAGGUGAGUAACAUUCUCAUCACCUACGAGCUUCCAAUUGCCCGAUAUGUAUUCAUCUGGCCUGGUUAUUAAUCACAGUCAAAGUACUAUCACAGCUACAAAGCGACUUUUAGGUUUUUAUGAGAAUGCUGGACCUUAUAAUGUCACUUAUAUUAUGUUUUUCGGUCGAAUCAUCACAAAUUAAAAAAUGUACAAUAUACAUUUCGAAAAUAGGAGCAUGUGCUCUUUUCACAUAUCUGCAUACCUAUGUCGGAGUUAACAUUUGCAGAAGACAAGCCUGGUCAAUUUCAGUAGUAAAUGUGAAUUUAGCAAUACAUCUCCAUCAUUUCUCAAAGUCAAAUGUAAAGUGUACCUAUUAAAACCUGCUUUCAAUAAGUUAUUUCCUCAACCAGCGAUCAACACCAUAACAAACUCUAAUGGACAUUGUGAUCAAAAUGCAAUUUUUACAGGAUUGCCUCUCUCACACAUCUGGUGUAACACUCACACUUUCAGACUCUCACGCUCACAAAAGAAAUCUUACUGCAAAUUUAUAUUAUUCAGUUUUAAAAUUAGCUGUAUCAAAAGCAUUUGGGGUAAUUUGCAAACCCUACAGACUGAUUACAAGGUAAUAGAACUAUUACAUACAUGAAAAUGCGUGUGCAGUCUCAAGUUGAAAAUCUCACGCCAGCCAGUUCAUCAAAAUUGGUGAAACUUUUUACCACAGACAUGGUAUUUAAAAAUGUUGCCUUCGUAACUUUUUACCAAAGACAUAGACAGCUUUGCCACGGACACAUUUGUCUGUGUAAGGACAGGUUGAUGAUCCCUGCCUACCCUCAACCUUUUGUGCUUUGUAAUUUUUUUAUAUAUCUCCAACACAUUAACAACUUAAUGACCCACACAUACAUUCCACUUUACAGGAUGCACUUGAAUUCUGUUAUUCAAUCGUUAACUUCACCUUUAUUACUGUGGAAGGUCGUAGAUUGCAUCUGUACCUAUUAUUUUAUGUUGACAAAUGGGCUAAUGUGACUCAGGUAGCCUGAUUUCAUCUCAUGAGUGAUUUUGUGGUAUUUUGUGGUAAUGAAGCAGGUGACUAGAUUCAUGUAAACAUUCCAAAUUGCUCAAAGCUGCCAAGGAUUGUUAGACACUAUGGGGUUACCAAUCUAUGCUUUGAUGCUUCAGUUCUACAUAAAAACUCUCAAGAUCAUUAAAUUUCUCAUUGCAUUUUUUUAUUUUAUCCAUUUUGAGCAUGGAUUAAAAGCUAACCACGACUAACCACAAACAUGAUUUUCAUGUAAAGUCUGCAUGAUAGAUAUUCUACCUUUUCAGUAUCUUAAUUUGGCCUUGUUUGCCAAGUUACUAAGUUUUUAAUGGGCUCAGUUUCAACUCGAUGAAUCAGUCAUAUACUGUAAGCUACACCACAUGAAUGGAUACUAAUUAAGCUUUGUUUAUUGUCCUGCUAUUUGCAUUUAAAAUUUUGGCCUCAAAAUUUGGCUUUGCACCUACUCUGGUCACAAGUUGCUUUGGUUAUUUUUAAUAAUCUGCUUUUGUAGAGUCCUGUACCUUUGAAAAAGUCCUGUAACUUUAAAAAAGUUGCAGUAUACAAUCCUGGGAUUGUGCACUAAUGUUAAUGUAUUGCUAGUAAAACCAGAAGAGACAAAAGGUGAGGUGCACCAGUUUCAGAGCAUGCAUUAAAGGAGCACUUUGUUGCAAUUUACCUGAACAUUACACAGGAUAUCCGCAGAGCAGAUCAGUUCUCAAUGAGAAAAUCUUCUAUAGAGAUGUCAUUGGAGGAUGGGUAAUGACUAGCAAAUAUAGGUCAAAAUAUGUCACCAUUCAUCAUGAUUUCUUACUGCUUUUCCUGGAGAGGGUAACAGUAGUUAAAAAUAUUGUUGUGAGUAUUUUACAUAUUUCUAAUUACAUGCAUAUAUUCCUACAAUAUUACUGUCAGGUAAUGUAUAUAUUGCUAUGUUCAUGGAAUUAUUCAUCAAUGAGUAAUGGAGUAUUAUGCUUCUGAUACAAUCUGUUAGCAUAUUUAUACACUGUUUCAAUGAAGGUCAUGCAGCUGACUGGCAGCGAUGUUCAGAUAUAUCUACAAUUUUAUCAAGAGGCCCAGUAUGUCAUAAAAAAAAUGCUACACCAGCACUAACCACAGUGCAUGACUGAUGCACAGACUCACGUGGUUUUGUUUUGCUCUAUAUAUCA